UAACGUGUCUGACUUGGUAAUGUAUUUCUCAUUUUUAUAAUUACCAAACUAUGUUUUGAUUAUCACACUUUAUUCCUUCAACACUCAAAGCGGUUCCUUUUUUUGUGGAAAAAUGGAUAUCCUUCUGCAAGUUUGGCUUCUGGUGUUAUUAUCAUUUCCAACGAUGGUGGUUUCACAAAGCGGCACUAAUGUCACGUCGCUAAUUACUCAUCUUUUCACAACAAAGAAUUACAACAAGAAAGUUAGACCUCUUACAAACCAGACUGAGGCUGUUCACAUAGACAUUGGCUUCGUUCUAAAUGCAAUCAUCGCAUUUGAUGAAAGGGAAGAAAGCCUGAAGACUGCCGGAUAUUUAGAAUUGCAGUGGCGUGAUGAAUACUUAAAAUGGGAUCCAGAUCAAUAUGACAAUAUAUACAAACUCUUUUUGCCUCAAGAAGACAUCUGGAAGCCUGACCUGUCCCUCAGAAACACAUACAAAACGUUUACUGGUCUUGGGUCUUCGUAUCUAAAUGUGGAAGUAGACAAUACUGGCUUAGUGUACUGGAUUCCUUUUCAGGUGCUAGAAUCAACAUGUGCCGUUGAUACCAGUUACUUUCCAUUUGACGUACAAACUUGUACAUUAAAAUUCACAGCAUGGAGUUACAGCAUGACUGAGUUGGAAAUACACAAAAGCAUCGAUGGAGUACGGCUGGAAGAUUACGUGGAAAAUUCCUCAUGGGGUAUAACGGAAACAUAUGCAAGUGAGACUACCACUGACGAAGCGGUUGUAUAUUUUAUCUUUAAGCUAAAGAGAAAAUCUGGCUUUUACAUAAUUAACAUUAUUAUUCCAGUGGUAUUAUUGUCCGUUUUGAGCGUUCUGACCUUCAUUCUACCGGUUUCUUCCGGAGAAAAGGCAAGCUAUGCGGUGACAGUUUUCCUCUCUCUAGCCUUGUUUAUGACUAUCGUCACAUCCGAGCUUCCGAAGAAUUCAGAAAACACUUCUCUACUCGCUGUGUAUAUGAUGGUUGUAAGCAUCUGGAGUACCCUAAUUGUUACCUUGUGUUUGGUGGAGUCUAGAAUAUAUACUCGUGACGAAAAGUCGGUACCAAUCAACGCAUUCUUCAUGGCUCUCGUAAAAUCAAAGAGUUUCUUCACCUGUCAGAAAUGUGCAAAGUCCGUCAAACCAGAAGUGUGUUCCAAGACUAGCAUACAGCCGUAUGACAGCGAGGAACCUCCCAACAACUGGAGAAUGGUGGUUGAUGCAAUGGAUUUUGUUUUCUUCUGGAUUUCUUUUAUUGUCAUAUUUGUGUGCACUCUUGUACUAGGGAUAAUGGCCAUAAACGUCUCUUAAGUUAGUUUUGACGCGGAGGGAUAUAUAAGCGCUGUUCACAUCGUAAUAUUUCCACCCGGGUGCAAAAUUGGCACCUGCGCAAAGCAAACAUUUUCUCAUGAACGGAAAUGAAAAAAAAAUACGCAUUAUUUUUGCGCCUAGUUGGACCUGGUGCAAAUCAAAUUUGUGUGAGAUGUUUUUUUCUUCAUGUGAGCCUUCAAAGCAUUGUAAUUUGAUGUAUACAUAAUGUGCCACUAUAUCUCACCAUGUGCUUUAUUUUAUAGUAGAUUUCGGUAUUUAGAUGUAAUAAUUCCGCCAACAUCUUCAAAUACAACCGGCAUGCCCGAUUACCUCAAAUCUCAUUGAUCGAUAUGUCUAGUAAAGUUCUCUACCUUGAAAAUUCUAUUUCUUAUUUAUAGCUUAUAUACUGACAGCUCUAUUCAAAAGCAAAAUACACAAUGACAAUAGUUUACAACACUCUGUUCCAUUAAAAAUUCAUACAUAGCCUUUUCCUUAAAUUUGUCAUAAAAAUGCCUGUAAAUUCCUUAUUGCUGUUUUAUACAUGAGAUAUGAUGAAACAAGAAGAAAGCUGGAAUACUUAUAGUUAUUAAGAGUUAAAAUGGCAAAACAUUCAUACUUAUUUCGAGAUCCAACGCAACACAUCAAUUAACAAGUACUUCAUUUGGUAAGUUGUUUUGGGUCCACAGCAUCAAUACAACUUUCACAAGUUCACAAGCUUUAUUUGGUAAUUAUUUUGGGAACAACAUUAGCAUUUGGUAAGCUGUUUGGGAUCUGUAGCAACAUGACAACUUACAA